AUGACCCCACCCCCAUCUACAGGACCUGAGGGCUCACUCAAUGUGUGGGUCAUGGUCCUGCCUCAUGGCAUGACUCUCUGGGCCUGCUCUAGUUCCUGUCCCCCCAGCUGCAUGUGCACUCAGGAGAAGAGCUGCACUGUGCUCUGUGACCGUGCCAACAUGGCUGAGCUGCCCCCAGAGUUCCCCUGUGAGGCCUCCAGCAUCAACCUGGAGAAGAACAGCCUCAAAUUUCUGUCAGAACGAGCUUUUGGAACACUUCCUGUGCUUAAGUCCCUCUUCCUGGAUCACAAUAACAUCUCCUUCAUCACACCAGGAGCUUUCAGAGGGCUUCCCAACCUGCUGGAGCUCACGAUGGCCCACAACGAGUACAUCCGCUAUCUUCACACACGGACCUUCACCUCCCUCAAACACCUUUUGCGCUUGGACCUUUCUGGCUGUAACCUCUUCAACUUGCCUGACCGCAUCUUCCUGGAACAGACCUCCCUCAGAGAGCUAUUCUGCUUCCAGAACAAUUUCAGACGCAUCCCAAUCGCUAUACGAGGAAUGGAGAACCUGACGCAUGUUUACUUGGAGCGCAAUAAGAUCGAAGCCGUAGCCUACAACACUCUGCUCGGACUAUGCAACCUCAAGUAUCUGAACCUACAGGAGAAUCGUAUCAGUGUCAUCCAUGAUGAAGCCUUUAAGGACCUAAGACAACUACAGAACCUUUACCUUAAUGACAAUCUGUUGGUUGACUUGCCAAGGAGAUCUUUCAAAGGCCUCUGCAAUCUAAAGAUGUUAAAUCUGGGUGGUAACCUUCUAACCAAUAUCUCCAACACCUGGUUUGGGGACCUGGUGGAACUGGAGGUACUCUACUUGGACCGGAACUGCCUGUCAUUUAUUGACAAGGGUGCCUUUGAGAAUCUGACCAGCCUCAUGACACUGCAUCUCAACAGCAACAAACUGACGUCUCUGCCUUUCUCCAUCUUCCAGCCCAUCUACUUCAUCGGGCAUCUUUAUUUGUUCCGCAAUCCCUGGGAGUGCAGCUGUGAGCUGGCAUGGCUGAAGAAGUGGAUGGAGAACUAUAAGCUGGUGAGGGAUAUCCCGUGUGCUUCCCCUCCUUCAGUAGCUGGUCUGGAUCUGAGCAAGGUGCUGUAUGCACAUGUGAACGGAACUUGCAUUGACCCAGCAGAGUUUAACCUGACCACAGCUGUUCCAGAUUACAGCACCACGCAGCGCAAGUUCAACAGCCUGAUCUCCACACUGAUGAAUCAGGAAUUCAGGGAGGUGGAGAGGAACUUUACUGAAGGCCAGAGGAACGGGACAGUGCUGGAACCAGCAGAAGGUCAGGUCUCAGCUGCUCACAGGCCUUCUUGUGUUGGUUUAGUCCUGCUAUUACUGCUGCCCCACAUCCAAGCUUAG